UACGCCUCUCAUUUCCUGAUUUAGUGUGCGGAUUGCAUUUUUUCAGCAUCAGGCAUCGCCAAGUGGGUUUCAGUCAUGUCAGCACCUGCCAUGGGGACUACGAAAACGGCUCACAGUGAUUUGGCCCCCAAGAAAAAGAAGGGACCGGGUGCUCUAGCUACAGCAUAUCUGGUUAUAUAUAACGUGGUAAUGACAGCGGGGUGGCUGGUCAUUGCCGUGGGUUUGGUGCGGGCCUACUUGGCCAGAGGCAGUUACCACGGCCUUUACUACUCUAUAGAGAAACCCCUAAAGUUCUUUCAGACUGGAGCUCUCCUGGAGAUUUUGCACUGUGCUGUGGGGAUUGUUCCUUCCUCUGUGGUUCUAACAGGAUUCCAAGUGUUCUCCCGGGUGUUCCUCACCUGGGCCGUGACGCACAGCGUCCGAGAGGUGCAGAGUGAAGACAGUGUCCUGCUCUUCGUGUCGGCAUGGACCCUCACAGAGAUCAUCCGCUAUUCGUUCUACACUUUCAGCCUGCUCAACCACCUGCCCUACCUUAUCAAAUGGGCACGGUACACAUUCUUCCUAGUACUGUAUCCAAUGGGGGUGACUGGCGAGCUGUUGACUGUCUAUGCUGCGCUGCCCUACGUGCAGAAGACUGGCCUCUAUUCUAUCACUUUGCCCAACAAGUACAACUUCUCCUUUGACUACCACACCUUCCUAAUCCUCAUUAUGUUAUCCUACAUUCCACUGUUUCCCCAACUUUACUUCCACAUGAUGCGUCAGAGGAAGAAAGUCUUGGGCCACGCGGAGGAGUACAAAACAGAGUAAACUUGAAACCGAUGGUAGACUGAUCACAUCAUGUCACGGGAAGUGGAAAAAGAUGAGAUACCCCUUUAAAAAACAAAAGAAGAUUCACCUCACCUGACCUGUUAAAUAUUUCUGCUUAUUGAAAUACCAAGAAACCUACAUCUUUUUCAGAUCAAGAAAAUAACAUGGAGAAUCGGGAUUGUUGAUUUAACAAUGGUUAUUGGUAUUGGUCUCUUGCCUGGUUCUUGCCUGGUUUUUUAAAUGCUGAAAUGUCAUUUACAAUAUGCAGACUGCUUUUUGGUUUUCUUUAUAGGUAUUUGCAGUUACCAUACCAUAAAAAGCUAAUUACUAAAACAAUUGUUUAGUGAACCUGAGGAUUCAGUUCAACUGCACUGCACCUGUUUUAGAGGCAUCCAGAUUGCUGUCCUGUUGGUUGUGACUUGUGGUCAUAAUUGCAUUGGAUGCACUAAUUCAAUCAACCCCCUGUUCUCUCAUGGUUCAGUAGGAGACAAACACUAGAUCCCAACCGCUUCUUUAAUAAUGUGUUGCAUCCUAUAUUAUAGCCUAUUCUUUACAGUGCUCUACUUUUGACAAGAGCCCAAUAGGGAAUAAUGCCAUUUGGGAUGCAGCCAUGUUGUCGCUUAAAUUAAAAGUUGUUGUCAUUUAAAAUAAAUAAUUGAACUCUAAAUAGAGAACAAUGCCUAGUAAAUUAUUCAAGUAAUUUAUUUAAUCAAUUAGUAGUUUUUUUUACUUGCAGAACAUCUGAUUAAAUCCCCUGUUUGGUGUAAUAAAGCUUUUUUUUCCCCCUUU